CAAAAGUUAAAAGUUAGAAAGAAACAAGAAUGAGAUAGCUUUACAAAAUUUGGGCAGCAAAAAGAAAAAACUUGCAGCAGAAUGAAAAUGAUGUUGCGCAGAUCUCUACUACGGACAGCAUGCGGUGAAUGGGCAUUCUUUCAUGAACUGCAGCUUAAUUCCAUUAGAUCCGCCGCAACAGCAAACACAACGAGCCAUCAAGAUGUCCAACUAUCGUCUGCUAAACCAUAUGAAGAUAUCCCACAUUUGCCUAUGCUCCCAUUUGUGGGUACUGCUUGGGCAUACUGGCCUAUCGUAGGUCGUUAUAGUACGGCAAAGUUUCACAAAGCUGCUCAUGAGAAACGAAAACGAUUCGGGGACAUCCACCGUGAGAAGUUUGGAGCCUUGGACAUCGUGUUCUCUUUCCGAGCCGAGGACAUGGAAACUGUCUCUAGAAACGAAGGACCUUAUCCCAACAAGGCGGAAUUCACCACCAUUAAAGCCUACAGAGAAUCUAGGAAAGAGUGGUAUUCUACCAUCGGUGUUAUGAUUCUGAAAGGCAAGGAGUGGCACGAUUUGCGUUCCAAGACGCAGAAACACUUGAUGAAGCCGAAAGCUAUAGAAGCAUACAUGAUCCCGAUGCAAGAUGUGGCUCAAGACUUCAUUAAGAAAAUCUUUUUGGCAAGAGAUUCAAGCAAAGAGGUUCCCUACUUUCUUGAGGAAUUAUACAAAUGGGCUCUCGAGUCUAUUGCUGUCAUAGGAUUAGACACUAGGUUGGAAUGUCUUCAGAAAGAUUUGCCAAAUGAUUCUGAUGGAAUGAAGAUGAUUAAUUCUGUCCAGACGCAAUUUCAUCUUAUGACUGAACUGGAAGGUUUUGCUGGAAGUUUAGCCCUUUGGAAAUAUUUCUCUACACCCAAAUGGCGAAAAUUCACUCAAGCUUCUGAUGUUUUCACAGAAAUCGCUUUCAAAUACAUCAAUCGUGCGCUGGAAGAGCUGAAGAAGAUAGACGGAACUGAAGAGAAAGAGCUGACUCUCUUACAAGCUAUGCUCACCACAAAAGGAUUGGAUGUCUCCAGUGCCAUGGUUACUGUUGCCGACAUGUUAAUAUCGGGCAUCGAUACGACUUCACACACAGUCGGUUUCCUUUUGUAUCAUUUAGCAAGAAAUCCAGACAAGCAAGAAAAACUCUAUCACGAAGUUUUAAAAGCCUUCCCAAGUAAAGAAAGCAAAAUGAGCCCAACUGUCUUUGCAGAACUAAGAUAUUUAAAAUGCUGUUUUAAGGAAUCGCAAAGAUUGCAUCCUAUAGUAAGUGGUUUAGCUCGAGUAUUAGAUCGUGAUGUGGUUCUGAGUGGUUAUAGAGUUCCUGCAGGGACUAUGAUUUCAGUUAUGCUUCAAGAAAUUUAUCGUAGGGAGGAAUAUUACAAAAAGCCGUUAGAAUUUUUGCCAGAGCGAUGGUUGGCGAAAGACAAAGAUUUCUAUCCAUUCUCAUUUUUGCCAUUUGGAUUUGGAAGACGGAGCUGUAUUGGCAGGAGACUAGCUGAAACGGAAGUGAUAAUUCUUACAUCAGAGAUAAUCCGAAAUUUUCGAGUUGAGUAUCAUCAUGAAGAUAUUGAUAUGAUGACUACAUUGGUUAGUACACCAGACAAACCACUGAGAUUUAACUUCAUUGAAAGAUGAGAAGAACGAAAUUUUGGAUGUAAAAGGAAUGAUCUUCGAUUCAACUGCAGAUUAAGAAUGUACUUACUCAUGCGUGUCUGUCAACAACCUUUGUCCAAAACGUUUAAUGACAU